AUGCUCGAAGCAACCGAUGAAACACUAGGUUUUGGACGUGCAGAAGUGGUGUUGGGCUCUGGAUGUGCGGACAAACAAAAGGAAUUAGAACUUCCUACAUUGUAUGAUAUUUUGAAGCGUGUCGAGAACACGGGGUGUGUUUGCGGACUAACUAUUAGCCUGCGCGAGACGGCAUUUUGCGGCCAUUCGUACAGCAAGUGUUUUGGUUGCUGA